CAAGAUAAACAUAGAAAAGGCGGGCGGUUGCAGGGGCUUUGGUCAUUGUCAAGAGGGUUUUGGCGUGUUUAUGGAACCGCUGUGGAUAUAACUGAAAGAUACAACCUGUAUCCCGCUCCCACACACGACACGCGUCGAGAUCUGGGCAAACAGCCUCCGGAGAUAAGAGCGCGUGACGCAGCCCCUGGAGCAUCAGGUUCCGGCGGCGUGUCGUCCGACCCAUCAGUUCACGCAGAGAUCUCGGCCAGAAUGUCCACGCUGGAGAACGAGGUGACCUUCCGCAAGCAGGCGGAGGUCAGUCAGAGUCUGGAGGCGCAGUUCGACAGCUCCUCCACGGACUUUAUUCUAAUCACCGAUCAUCGCACCUCGAAGAGCAAGAGCUUGGAGCAGCUGGAGGCCUCCAAGGAGUCGGAGAAUGCCGAGUCCUGCUGCUCCCGAUAUGCCCGGAAUAUCUUCCGGAAGAAGACCCUCCUGAGGCGGCUGCCCUUCCUCACCUGGCUGCCACACUACAACUCCAGAGACUGUAUAGGCGAUUUGAUAGCCGGAUUCACUGUGGGACUCACCGUGAUCCCACAGGGUUUGGCCUAUUCGGGUGUGGUCGGUCUGCCACCAGAGUAUGGGCUUUAUGGAUCCUUCAUGGGCUGCUUCGUCUAUGUCCUUUUGGGCACCUGCAAGGACAGCACGAUUGGCAGCACGGCGGUGGCCUCACUCAUGACCUUCCAGUUCGCCCAAGGAUCCUGGCAGAGAUCCGUGCUCCUCACCUUCCUUACCGGCAUUAUAGAGAUCCUGAUGGCCAUCUUUAAGCUGGGAUGUCUGGUGGAGUUCGUAUCUGGACCUGUGAGUGCGGGCUUUACGAGUGCCGUGGCCCUGAUUGUGUCCACAUCCCAGAUGCGUUCGAUGCUGGGUGUGAAGAGCGAUGGGGGAUCCUUUUUGGCCACCUGGAUCAGCAUGUUUCGGGACAUCGAACAUGUCCGGGUAGCCGACACCUGUUUGGGUUUCGGGUGCGUUUUCCUGCUUCUGUCAAUGCGGAGUUUUGGAAAGUUUACCAUCGGUCCGAAGGAUGAGGCCAGGAGAAAUGGUUUCCAACGUGUUGUCAACCACGUGAUCAAGUUCCUGUCCACCUCGAGGAACGCCUCUGUGGUGAUUGUGUUCACCGCCGUCACCAUGUACCUGGAUGCCAACGGAACCAAUCCUUUCAGACUGACUGGAAAUAUACCUAAGGGAAUGCCCACCCCAUCACUUCCUCCCUUUUCCAUUAAAGCCCAGCCUGGGAACGAGACUUCUGGGAUUCCCCCGGUGGAGGGACAAAAUUUCCUUGAGAUGGUUCAAAGUCUGGGGUACGGACUCGUAAUCGUUCCCCUGAUGGCUCUACUGGAAACGAUGUCGGUUUGCAAGGCCUUCGCCAAGGGAAGGCAGAUAGAUAUCACCCAGGAAAUGAUCGCCUGUGGAGUGGGCAACAUUGCCACCUCUAUUUUCUCCGGAUAUCGAUGCAAUGGCGGAUUGGCCCGAUCGGCGGUGAAUAAUGCCAGUGGCUGUCGCACCAAUAUGUCCAACCUGUACAUCGGUAUUAUCGUGGUGCUGGCCCUAAACUUCCUCACCGACUACUUUGCCUUUAUUCCCAAGGCGGUGCUGGCCGCGAUUAUCAUAUCGGCUGUGAUAUUCCAGGUCCAGUACCAGGUGGUAACGCCCAUGUGGCGCAGCAAACGUUCUGAUCUAGUGCCUGGAAUCCUGGCCUUUGUCACCUGUUUGGUGCUGCCCCUGGAGAUCGGCAUUAUGGUGGCCAUUGGAGUGAAUCUCCUCUUUAUCCUGUACUAUGCAGCCAGGCCAAAGGUCACCCUGGAGCAGCUGGAAACGCAGCAGGGCAUCCGCUUCGUGAAGAUCACUCCCGAUCGAUGUCUGAUCUUUCCCUCUGUAGAAUUUGUGAGGAACAUGGUUCUCAAGCUGGGCAGCAAAUCCACCCUGCCAGUGGUCAUCGAUUGCACCUAUAUCUUUGCAGCGGACUACACGGCCGCCAAAGUUAUAUCCUCCAUUGUGGACGACUUCCGUCGGCGUCAGCAGAAGAUUAUAUUCUUCAACUUAAAGCCCAGUGUGGUCAGCGUCUUUGAGGGACUGAACACGAGGCUAGUGCUCUGUUAUAAUACCCACGCCCUCAACCAGGAACUUCGGCCCGAUGAGGCGGAUCUUUCAAGAUCCGUGGACUCCCUCGAUCACGCCGAAUCGGGAAAUGGAGCUAGCGAGUGUGUCAGCAUGGCCAGCACUCUUUCUCUGGCUAGGAGUUAGUCUUACUAAGAUCUAAAUAAAGCUAAGUAAUCUAUCGUUUAUCAAAAAAA